CUACCAAUUUAUUAACAAACCUCUCCUUCCACACCCUCUCCAUAGCUCCCGAGGCCUGAACAACACAAAACAGGGAUCGAUGAAAAGCUUAAGGCCGGACCGCCGGCAAAGUUUCAUCCUUUCUUCCUUCUUCUUCAUCCUCUUCCUCUGCGUCUUAGCUUCCAUCAAUCAAGUCCGAUUCGAUAGCCUGCUGAAGUUCGGUCGGUGUGCGCUAGCCAACACGCCUUCACAAGUACCCUACAACGACUCUUCUUCGACGGACGACAUCCGAAUACUCAUCGGCAUUCUAACGCUCCCGGACCAAUACCAACGACGCCACUUCCUCCGCCUCAUCUACGGCACGCAAACGCCGCUGGCGGGCGCCAAAGUGGACGUGAAGUUCGUCUUCUGUAACCUCACAAAGGAAGACCAGAAGGUGCUCGUUGCAUUAGAGAUUAUGCGUUACGACGACAUCAUAAUCCUCAACUGUAAAGAGAACAUGAACAACGGUAAGACUUACACGUACUUUUCAAGCUUGCCGGAAAUGCUGACCGACACGGACGCAGAAAGUCGUUAUGACCCUCCGUAUCAUUAUGUGAUGAAAACGGACGAUGAUUCUUAUUUCCGGCUGAAUAAACUGGUGGAGUCUUUGAGGCCAUUGCCUAGAGAAGAUUUGUACUAUGGUUACGUUAUUCCAUGCCCAAGCAUGGAUCCAUUCGUGCGAUAUAUGUCUGGGAUGGGGUAUUUGAUUUCUUGGGAUUUGGUAGAGUGGAUAAGGGAAUCUGAUAUUCCCAAGAACCAUUUGGAAGGGCCUGAGGACAAGACUUUUGGCGAUUGGAUCCGGGAAGGCCAUCGCGCGAAGAACAGGUUCAACGCCAAGUGGUCUAUGUAUAAUUAUCCGGAGCCGCCCACAGGAUGCACGCACGAGCUUUGGCCGGACACGAUUGCGGUUCAUUUGUUGAAGAACCAGGAGAAGUGGAUUCGCACGUUGAAGUAUUUCAAUGUCACUGAUAAUUUGAAACCAUCUAAAUUGUACCAUAUACCUUGAGUAGUAAUUGAAUACCCUACAAUUUUUAUUCUUUUAUUUGGAGAAUUUAGUUGAUAUAUCACCCAAUCUGAUAUUGGGAUUUUACAA